AGCGGGGCGGGCGCGCCAGGACCACCCGGCGAUGCUGUCGCCGCCGCUGCCUCUGUAGAGAAGCGCCAGAGCCCGCCGCGGAGAAAGGCUGAAGAAAGCUCAGUCUCAAUUGUGUUUCCUGCCUGUCAGCCUCUUGCCUCCCAAACGCAUACCAUUUCCACUUGAUGUCAUCACGCAGAAGGGGGUGAAAGAGACUCGGUGACAGAUUCAGAAAUGAACACACCUAUGAGUACUGGAUGCCUGUGAGCUCCCCAUCACCUGCACUGCAAAGACGCAGAGCGGCGGCCUCUGAGAAGCAGCUCCUUCCCCCUCACCUUGGCCUUGACCUUCCUGCUCAAGGUCUACCAUGGAGACGCUGUCCCAGGACUCCCUGCUGGAAUGUCAGAUCUGUUUCAAUUACUACAGCCCCCGGCGCAGGCCCAAGUUGCUGGAUUGCAAGCACACCUGCUGUUCAGUGUGCCUCCAGCAGAUGAGGACCAGCCAGAAGGACGUGCGGUGCCCCUGGUGCCGUGGUGUCACCAAGCUGCCCCCUGGCUUCUCCGUGUCACAGCUCCCUGACGACCCAGAGGUCCUGGCUGUCAUUGCCAUCCCACACACUUCCGAGCACACCCCGGUCUUCAUCAAACUUCCCAGCAAUGGGUGCUACAUGCUGCCCCUGCCCAUCUCCAAGGAGCGCGCGCUGCUGCCCGGAGACAUGGGCUGCCGCCUGCUGCCCGGGAGCCAGCAGAAGUCCGUCACCGUGGUGACCAUCCCUGCUGAACAGCAGCCUCUGCAAGGCGGGGCUCCCCAGGAGGCGGCGGAGGAGGAGCAGGACAGGCGGGGCGUGGUGAAAAGCUCCACCUGGUCGGGGGUGUGCACUGUCAUCUUGGUGGCCUGCGUCUUGGUCUUCCUCCUCGGCAUCGUGCUCCACAACAUGUCUUGCAUCUCUAAGCGCUUCACUGUGAUUUCCUGUGGCUGAAGACAGCUGCAGUGAAGUCUCUGGUGGGUGCCAACUUAGGGGUUGAGCAGGUUGGUGAUGAGAUCCCGGUGAGAAGAUGGGGGGGAGCGACACUGACCAUUUGGUGCUGAGCGCUGGCCUCUGGGUUGCCUCUUGAUUUACCCCAAGACAGACACGAAGGGCAGAAGGUGAGGUCUCAACAAGAUACCAGGCGAAUUGUUCUGAGUGUUGAUGGCAACAGCUUUGAAGAUGAUUGCAUGCAUCCUCAUAAUCAUGUAUUCAAUGGACUGUAAUUUAUGAUUUUUGAAAAUCAUGUUACAAGAUAGACAUAGUCUACUUAGACGUUAAACUGCACAAGUGCGUACAAUGUGAUCUUCUCUAAAUGCGGUAGAUUAAAACAAAGAUGCUAUGUAUACAAGUAGAGUUAAACCUGCGAAUCCGUGUAAAAAUCCAGUGAAGACAUGCACUGCUGGCUUCUUUACUUUUUUUUUUUGUUCUUUUUAUUGAAACGCAGUCUUCAUUUAGUUGCUAAGGCUUUUUAUACAUUUUGAAUGGCACCAAAACAAAACAAGUCAAGGCGGACGGUCGUUUUUUUGGAGAAAAUAUUUGAACAAGUGUCUCCAAUGUGUUGUGUUUUGUCAUGAACGUUCAUUUUCUUCACGUGUAAUUAGAGCUCACUACGUGUUGAUGAAACUGAAAGCUCAACAGGGGAGCAAUAAACUGAGAAAUCGUGAGACAUGUCCAGUCCUGCGGGAACCCUGUAUGCUGAUUUUCCUCAAGCCAUCUCACAAAAUAAGAAUUUCAAAUGUAAAUAUUGUGUAUUUGUGUGUGUAUGUAUGUGUGUCUAAUUUGAUUUACCUCAGGUGUUUGAGUCUUUGCAGAAGAAUCCCGGGAUUAAGACUUCAUUGGGCAUGGGUGAGUCGAGUCUCUGAAGCGGUGGCCACUUCAUGGGCACCUGCACCCAGCGAGGAGUCUCCUAUCCGUCACCUGCAACACUCACUCCUCCUCUGUGUAUUUGAGUCCUGCAUUUUGUCAGAGGCAAAUGGAAAGUAACAGAACAGUGUCUUUUCUCCCGGUUUGGGAAUCUUGCGCUGGCCAUGAGUGUUGUGACUGAUGGCCAACCUGGGCGGGCGUUUUAAUAGAUGGUCUGUGGUUCUUUUUUGAAAGAUGCUCUUCCACGAGAGUUAAACCAAUUAGAAUUCCAGUUUCCUCUUAUUGAUGUAAGAGAGAGUAUCUCCUGUAUUUUAACAUGUUUUUACUGAGAAAAGUGGCAAGGUAAACCAACAGCUCAAAUUCCCAAAAUAAGUGGACCAGUUCUUCAUCUACUGUCAAAUAUUCUUAAAUGUGUAACGGUCUCUAGAUGCUCAUGAAGGAAGCUCUGCUAGACGUAAGUGAUAAAUUCCUAUCCCUGGGUGCAUGUGCAUUCAGAAAUAGCUAUGAGCUUUACAGUUCUCAUCUAACUUAUUUUAUGGAAUUCAUGAAGCAAGUGGUAUGUGACAAGGACUCCACUUAUAAAUGUAACUGUUUUUGUGUUCCACUGAAUCCCUGAAAAUGGUGAGGAGGGUGGGGGGAAGUGAAGGAAAGAGAAGCAGGGCUAAUUCUAAAAAGCAAGGCUAGAAAAUAGCCCUGUGAGGUCAAGAUAAUUUAUUUACAUGCUACCUGUUAUCUUCAAGCGACACAAAACAUGCAUAUAAAAGUGAUGGAAUUAAUGUGAAAUAAAACAAAAACAUAAUGACUAGAAUACAAAGCUAAUACUGCUAAUUGGCAUGAGAAUUCAACAUAAAAUUAGGAGCUCUGAUUUUUCAAAUUUUUCAAAUUUAUCAUAAGACCUUUAGGAAAUGUAUUUGAAAGCUCAAAAUAGAAAUUAGGUUAAAAUGCCAUUUUAUUGUGUAAGCUAUUGGGCAUUAUACAACAAAUAAUCUAGGAUUUAUUUGGUAUUAAUAAUUUAGGCAUCAUAUUAGCUGAAUACUCUCCUCUAUUACGUAAUAUACUGUUGGGUUAGUGUCAAUUUCUCAAACUCUCCCAGGCUGCCAUAAUGCAUGUCUGACCUAAUUUCUGUUUCUCUUGGAGAAACACACACACACACAUAUACACACCACAGAAAUGUUGCAUUAAGAAUGCUACAUUUCAAAUAGACUUUACCCUCGCAAUUUUAGGCUAUGCCAUAUUCAAAUUAAUUUUGCGAGUGAUAUCUGCAUAUGUUUCUGUACAGUAUGAAAUGACCGACCCUGUAGUGUAGUAUGUGAUAGAGUUCUACUUGUUAAAGUAGGUUAGAUACAGACACUAAUGUGUGUGAUGAUAGCGUCCUGUGUUUCUUAGUGCAAACCUGUAUAGUAAAAAUGUUCAUAGAACUUUUACUUAAAAACAGUCCCGUGCUAGAGCUGCCAUUAAGCAGCGCAAAAUUAAUCGGCAGCAUGGUAGAUUCUUGACCUUAAAUUUAACAAUAGCAGCCAAAAUCAGAUUAUUACUUUUUUUCUUGCGAGUCUUAUUGACAUAAGAAACAUUGUUUAAAUUGUUUAAAUGGAUUCUGCCUGCAGUUAUUUGUGUACCUGUUUGUUAGGGUGUGCAUUCUUUGUGUGUGCGUGUGCGCGUGUGCGCAUGAGAGGGCGAGAGAGAGAGAGAGAUCUCAGCCUGCCAGAUAGAAUUUUAUAGGCUCAAUGAAGUUUUAAUGUUACUUGGCAUCCUGUUGUUCUGGUCUCUUCUGGCAUUUACCAAUGACCCUUAACAAACACAUCUACCCAUGCGACCAAAGUCCACUGACACAAGAGGCCAGAAUUCUUACUUGCACAUCAAUGAAAAGUCACAACUGAAAAGCACAGAAAGUUAGAGCUGAAAGCAGCCUCCGGUGGCUUCAUUUUGUAGAUGGGUCUGUUUUGUAAUUCUGCAGAAAAGCGGGGAUAUGAACUUUGCACUGUGGUGUCUUCUUGCUCCAUCCCAGGUCUGUCUACGUCUCUAUCUGGCUAUGAUCCUUUCUAGGGUUCAUUAAUACCCUUUACUAAGUCAACUAUUGCUUUAAAGGAUAUUUUCUGUAGGUUUAUGUGCUCAUUUUAGUUAGCAUCUACCUCUCUAGGAAAUGAAAGGGGGGUUGACAUAGGGAUGAGUACAGACAUUGAAAGACAACUAUCAAACCAUGCUGUUUGAAUUUUUAAAAUUGUAGAGCAUUGGUGUCCAAGUCUCCCACCCCACUUGUAUGUAAAGGACAGUGAGUGUUGUGUAAAUAGUAAACUCUAAGAAGCAUGAAUUUUCAUCUUUAUUAAUGAUCUUGACAUAAGCAAGAGAAUGCUUCAUUUGUUAAGUAGAGCCAAGAAUGCUACAAAAAAGCAUUGUCUUUGGAAAAAUUUUGUAUAAUGACUUGGGGCAUAAGUUGUGAUGAAAAGGCAACUUGAUUCUCAGUUCCAGUCAUUCUUAAGGAUCAGAAAGCUCUAAGAUAUUUUCUUUAAAAAUAUAAUUGUUUAAUUUUUUGCAUGACUUACAUAUCGGGUCCCUUGAAGGUGAAACCAGGUGAUGGUAUAAUCCUUGAGAUCUAGAUUGGCACCGUUCUAUAGAACUUUCUGUGGCAAUGGAAAUGCUCUGUCACCUGUGCUGUCUGGUACAAUGGCAACAAGCCACAUGGACUUUCAGGCAGUUAAAAUGGGGUUAGUACAAGAGAAGAAGUGGAUUUCAAAUUUUAUUUAACUGAAAUCUCAAUAUGACAAGUGGCUGCCAUAUUGAACAACGCAGUUCUGGAUGAUCGUGCUUGCGGAUCUAGCAUCAAAGUAUUAAUGGAGUAACAGUGAGGCGAAAAAGAGUUUGUGUGCUAGUAACAUGUAGUUGGCAAAAGGUAAAAAAUUCCUUUCUGGGCCUAAAAAGCAUGUGGUCUCAAGUAUGACAGUAAAAAUUCAUUGCUGCCCUUUGGAACUGUUGCUGAUAGACUUUAGGCCAAGGAAUGAUCAGUGAAGCUGAAAGAGUGCUUUAUUAAGCCCCUUUUCUGGGCUUAUUAGCUGCAUGUGAACCUAUUGUCCAAAAAUAGUAGUUAGACAGUAGCUGUAAAAUGUUUGACUUGCAAGCUAUGCAUGACCUAUUCUGUGAAAUUGUGUCUGGGGUCCUGUGGCCAAAAAGUAAAUGUUACAGGAAAAAAAAAAAAAAAACCUAAUGAAAUCCCUGUUCACUUCCAAUAUCUUAUCCAAACUUCAUUCGUGUAUUAGUAAGGUGCAAAUAUAAGAGCAAGCAUGGUUUGCAGUGUUCAGACUGUUUUUGUUUGCCCUUGAAGUCUGCCAGCUUGUCAUUGUAUUUGGUGUGGGCAUAUGUGGGCAUCAUUUUUCAGAUGCCAGACUAAAACAUAGGUACUAUUUUUAGAGUGAGAUUUGACAUUGUUUUAGUCUCUUUCUUUUUUAAACAAAAGUUUUAGUUCACUGAAAGAGUUGAAGAUUUGAAGCUUUGCACAAAGGCACUUUUUUUUUUAAC